GGGCGACUCCGUGACGUAACGGGAGCCCUGCCCCCGGCCGGCCCCUCGGCCUGCAGCGUGGUGAGGAACUCGGAUCCCGGAGGAGAGCGAGGAGGAAGAGGAGGAGGAGGAGCCGCGAUGGAAGUGAAGGAUGCCAAUGCCGCUCUGCUCAGCAAUUAUGAGGUAUUCCAGUUACUCACGGAUCUCAAAGAGCAGCGGAAAGAGAGUGGGAAGAACAAACACAGCUCUGGGCAGCAGAACCUGAACACCAUCAUGUACGAGACGAUGAAGUACCUGUCUAAAACUCCUUGCAGGCACCAGAGCCCGGAGAUCCUCAGGGAAUUCCUCAUAGCCAUGAAGAGUCACAAGUUAACCAAGGCUGAGAAGCUGCAGCUGGUGAAUCACAGACCCGUGACUGCCGUGGAGAUCCAGCUGAUGGUAGAAGAAAGUGAAGAAAGGUUGACGGAAGAGCAGAUUGAGGACCUCCUGCAGACUGUCACCAGCAUCCUCCCUGGGGACCCCGAAACUGAGGAGAAGCCCGAGAGCAUGGCAGUGGAUGAAGGGGACCCGCAGUAACUCCAAGGCCGGGCUCCAAAGAGUGGGCUGAGCACCUCAAAGACAUUCACAACCAUUUAGUCUCUCCCCAGAAUGCCAGUGGCUUACUGUCUGCCUUACAGCAGCCCCCUCCCCAUCAGCCGUGGAGGACCAGGGCGGGGAUGGUGAAGAGCCAGCUGAGAAGGGUUGGCAGGGGUCGGGGAAGGGUGGGAACCAGCCCAUCACCCCCUGGGGCCAAGACUUCUUUUUCUCUGGUUCUGGCCCCACCAUCUUAAAUGGUUGCCUAUGCUCACCUCCCCCCAAAGCACCUUCUCUGCAGUCUCGCUCUGCAGGCUCUUUGGGCAGUUACAGACUAUUCUGUUAGAGAACCAUAAAGAAGGAAGAGAAGGGGCGAGUCAUUGUUAAAAAGAAAGCCGUUCUUCCCAGGGUCUGUGCUCUUAGAGUCAUUUUAUUGUCUCAAGAUCUUCCUUCAGCGGAGGCGGCUCUGGCUUAGGGCGUAAGAGAGCUGGCUUCAUGGGCCUGGGUUCUAGUCCCAUCUCGGACACAUGCUGGCUGUGUGACCCUAGCAAGUAUCUGACCCCUCGCUGCCUUAGAGGUGCCUCUCAGACACUCAGUUGUGUUGGUAGAGAGAGAUUCCUUGUGGUGAUGGAGUCACCGCUCCUGUCUUUAGCCUUGGUUUCUGGAGCUUUGCCGUCCAAGGUGGAACCCUUUCUAUUCUUUUCUUUCUUUUUCUUUUCUCCUCUCCUCUUCCUUUCUUUUUGCUGGGCAAUGAGGGUUAAGUGACUUGCCCAAGGUCACACAGCUAGUAAGUGUCAAGUGUCUGAGGCCGGAUUUGAACUCAGGUCCUCCUGAAUCCAGAGCCAGUGCUUUAUCUACUGUGCCACCUAGCUGCCCCCCUUUUCUUUUCUGGUUAUUUUUUUUGGGGGGGUUAAGUUUAUUCAGUUAACAAGCACAUGUUUUCUCUCCUCCCCCCCCAAAAAAAAAAAGAAAAGAAAAGAAGGAAAGACAAGCUCUCUGUGACAUAUAUGCAGAAAAAAUCCCUCCACUGGCUACCUGUCCAGAAAUAUGCCUCCUUCUGCAGAGUGGGGCUGUCACCUCCCUGGAAGGAUGUGGGGAGCAUUCAGCAUUCUUCAUCACUCCUCUGAACCUUUUCUCUUAACAACAGCACCACCACCAUCACCAAAUUAAGUAGAAACAGCUGGAUGCUGAGACCACAUCUGUCAGUGAAUCCCACAACACCCCGUCCUGAAUGGAACGUCGCUUUAGGAAACCUUAAUCUAGAGAGGAACAGGGGAAGGAAUAGGGAAGGGAGGGACCCCCCCCUCUCCCCCAGCCCAACCAAGAUGGCUUAAAGAGCCCCUCCCUCCCGUUCCUGGGCCUGGUUUAAAACCCAUCCCUUUCCUGGUCCAGCCCAGGGCUUGGGGAGUACUCGAGCCCCAGCUAAUGGUCCCCUCCAUUUGCCACAAAUGGAUCAAAGUUUUGGAGUCAGAAGGUCCACGGGGGUCAUCCAGUCUAGCCCCUUCAUUUUACAGAGGCCUGGAGAGGCAAAAUCACUGGCCCCAGGUCAUAGAAAAGUAAUGAGGCAGAGCUGGGAUUCAAACCCAGGUCCUUUGACUCAGCUCUGUUUCUUUCUCCUGCUUCUCCAGCAGGCUGCUGUUGUUAGGACCAUGACAUCAGGGUGAUGUCAUGACUUGCCCUGAAUUGGAUUUCAGUGAGAGGGAGCUGUGAAAGGUCACCGAUUUCACUCUCUCCUCCAGAGCCAUCUGGGUCCAGUGGCAAGAUAGACG